AUCCUCGCUUGAAGGAUUACGUGCUGUCUCCGUCGGGUGUCGCUCGGAUAUCUGAAGUUCGAGCUGAUCCGUGGGAUUCUGCCUCUUCUCCCGAAGCUGUUCCAGUGAAAGUCGUGCUCCCUGAUUUGAGGACAACCUCGGAUCCGGAUCAGCGCAAAAGGAAGGGCAGCACUCUUUUGAGGCCUUCUGCGCAUCCGAAGAAGGCGAAAGCUUCUCAGUCUUCGGAGAAGGAAGUGGUUUCGGAAGUCAUGCCUCCUCCCAAAAAUCUCCUUCACUUCAUGCCCUUGCCAGGGCAGAAGUUGAAGAGUGUGGUGGUUGCGGAACCGCCUCCCGUGGACCAACCGUUGGCUGAGGAAGAUACCAUCCCCUCUCCGCUGAAGCCGUCUGCUGCUUUAGGGAUCGAGAUCCAGGAUAUAACCAAGGUGAUGGAGGCAAUUGAAGCCGACCUUGUUCCUGGCUCGGAUGUCCCUAUUGUGGCCGAGCAGAAGGAAGAAUCUGCUGACGUUUCUCUCGAAAGGGAGAAAAGUCCAGAUAAGGAGAUGGUGGAUCUCACCGAAGCUCGCAUAGAGGUUCCCGAAGCUGAGAAGGAGCGUUGA